AUGCGAGGCGAGAGACCGCAGCCAAACGGAGAGCUUCCGUCGCCUCAGGCUUGGGAAGAACCGUCGAGUACCGAUGGGGAAGAAAGCAUAGAGAGGGAAGCGGAUGCGGUGGCUCAGGUUUGCGCGGUCGUCACAGAUUUGGACUCGGGCGACUCUGCUACAGCCACGCUAAGUAGGUCGGAAAGAGCGGAACAGAUGAGGAGCGCGCAGGUUGUCGACGCGACACUCGCCAAGACAGUUAGGGACGCGGGAAACGGCAAAGGUGGGAUGUACAUACAAGAUGGUAUUUUAUACCACCGAGACAAGAUUAGGGGAAGGGUGGUCACCCAACUGGUUCUCCCACAGUCGCGAAGGACUGAAGUGUUGUUGCUUGCGCAUGAAUCGCCCUGGGGUGGGCACCUUGGGGUCAAGAAAACAAUGGCACGCAUCAAGUAUAGCUUUUAUUGGCCCGGCAUAGGGGCAGAUGUCAAAAGUCAUUGUACGUCGUGUCACGGUUGCCAGCUGAGAUCCGUCAGGCGGAGAAACGAUCGCGUACCCAUAACUCCAUUGACGCGACCCGAGCGGCCGUUUCAGCGUGUGAACGUUGACAUCAUCGGUCCGAUCGAGCCGCCGUCCUCUCGUGGGCACCGCUACGCGAUUUGUGUAGUAGACCUACACACUAUGUGGCCAGAAGUAAUUUGUUUAAGAUCGCUCACUGCGAAAGCAACGUGUGAGGCGCUUCUGGAAGUGUUCAGUCGAACAGGAGUCCCGGAAGAAAUAUGCAGCGACCAGGGGACUAACUUUACAGCCGCUCUCACACAGGAACUCCUUAAACGAGUUGGGUGCACACCGAGGUUUCGACCCCUGAUCACCCGGAAAGCAACGGUUCUGUUGAAAGGUGGAACCGGGUGUUCAAAAAUAUGCUGCAUUCACAUCAUCCAGAGGGAGCAGAGAGGUUGGGACAGAUUCAUACCCUAUUUACUGUGGGCAUACAGGGAAGUCCCGCAUGACACUAUUGGCAUAUCGCCCUUCGAGAUGCUAUACGGUCGCACACCGACGGGUCCCUUGGCUAUCCUGAAGAAUACCUGGACCGGGGAGGUCGAUCUGCCUGACACUUUGCGCGAAUCCCCAAGUGAAUACUUGCGGGAGCUCAGGGAAGAGCUUCACCGAACCGCUGAAAUUGCGCGCGUGACGGGUGAAAAUCAACAGGACAUUUACGCAGGCUAUUACAACAGACAGGCGAAAGCGAAGGAGUUCGCGGUCUGGACGCAGGUCUUGCUGCACGAUUCUGACCCACCCAGUAAGUUACACCCAAGGUGGAGCGGUCCGCACACGGUGGUGGCAAAAGAAAGACAGCACACAUACGUCAUAGAAGACGCGGAAGGGAAACGCAGGACGAUGCAUGCGAAUCGGUCAAGGGGAUACCACGCUAGAGUGAAUCAGGUCGGGGUGGUGUUCGAGGCGGACGACGAGUUCGGGGAGAUCAGUUACGCACCUCGCGUAUCAACGCGUUCGAAUACCGCAAGCGAUACCCUAGGGACCAUAAAGGUUGAUCACUUGGCGAGAGAACAACAAGCAGCUAUUGGAGCCAUGUUCUCGGAGUUCAGCGACAUAUUCGAAAACCAUAUGGGAAUCGCUAAGGUGGGAGAACACCGCAUAAGCUUGAGGGAAGGUGUAACACCCAGGAAAUCACACAGGUACCGCAUUCCCGAAACCUUGAAAAGUGAGGUAAGCCGCCAGGUACAAGAGCUGGCCGCGCAGGGUCUAGUCUACCCCGUGGAGAGCGAUCACGCUCACCCGGUUGUAUGCGUGUCCAAGAAGGACGGUAGCGUUCGAAUGUGCGGUGACGACCGAGCAUUAAACGCAGUCACGCGGGAGGACGCGUUCCCGAUGGCUCUGCCGCAAGAACUAAUCAUGCGUGUGGGACGGGCGAGCUACAUUACCACCGUAGACUUGCGCCGUGGGUAUUGGCAAGUACCACUGGCCAAGGAAUCGCAAUCAUUGUCUACCUUCGUGACGCAUGAGGGACAGUUCGCGUGGCGGGUUAUGCCAUUCGGUUUAAAGAAUGCCGCCGCGACUUUCCAACGCAAUGUAAACGCACUACUGCGCGACCACGGAGAAUAUGCCGCCGCCUAUCUCGACCACAUAGCGAUAUUCUCGCAAACGUGGGGCGACCACCUCAAACAUCUACGAGCAGUGUUUGGUGCACUGCGGAAGGCGGGACUAACGAUAGCCGCCGAGAAGUGCCCCGUAGCACAGGGAUCGAUUCCGUACCUUGGACGUAUAAUUGGAUCCGGACGCCAUGCGCCAGAUCCGGAGAAGCUGGCAGCCAUCAGCGGUCUAAAGAGGCCUAGGGACGUGCGUAGCGCCUUGGGGCUGUUCGGGUAUUACCGAGAAUACAUACCCAAUUACGCGGAAUUGGCCUUACCGCUGACAGCGCUGACCGGAAAAAGGGUCUCAAAUGUGGUUCCGUGGGUAAAGGAGGCCGAAAAGGCGUUCGAAAAUCUAAAAGACGCAUUCUCAUCGGCCACAGCUCUCGCAACACCAGACCCGUCUAAGCCGUACUGGCUGUACACGGAUGCCUCGGAUUAUGCCGUCGGGGCAUGCUUAUCACAAGUCUCGGAGGGCAGGGAGGUCCCGAUCUCGUUUGCCAGUCACAAACUCUCGCCAACCCAACAACGCUGGGCGACGAUAGAAAAGGAAGCAUUUGCGAUCAUAUGGGGCCUCUGGCGUUAUGACAACUGGUUGUACGGGGCGGAGGUAUUCGUGGUAUCGAACCACAAUCCACUCUCGUAUCUCACGGAAAGCACGCCUCAUAGCGCGAAGCUUAUGAGGUGGGCGUUGGCCCUGCAGAGAUACCGUCAAAUACCGAAAGGGUAA